CAGGGCCCUCGGGGGAGAGGCGGCGGCGCGCAGCGUGGGGAGGCUGCGCUCGGCGAGGGGCACAUGCGGGGCCGUUGCGCGGUGCUGCUCUUGAGCGCGGGGGAGCUGGGGGCCACACAUCGGGAUUCUGCUACCUGGUACCGCCAAGAGGGCGGCCCGGUGUGCAGCUGGCUGCGAAAACCGCAGCCGCGGGAGCCACGCACCAGUUUCCCAAUCUCAUGGACCUGGGCGCGCCACUCUGAGUCCCGGCCUCCAGGGACGCUGCCAUGGCCCGGGCCCGCCUCCGCCCUGCCAGACAGGGCUCACGCAGGAGGCAAACGCUCGGAUGGCAGUCCCGCCUCUGCGCGCAGCCUAGGCGGUGCCUUCGAGUCGCUCGCCCACAGCACCCACACUCAGGGCGCCACGGAGCUACGCCCCCUCGGGUCGUCGCAUCCCUCGGCCUUGGAUGAUGCUCUGCCGCAGGACGGUUCCCUUGUCCGCUGGCCAGGAUUCUCCAAGGCGUCUCACCACAUGGGCCGGCUCAGAAAUGCCAAGAUCCACGUGGAGAGAGCUGUCAAGCAGAAGAAGAUCUUUAUGAUCCAAGGCCGUUACCCGGUGAUCCGGUGUCUCUUGCGCCAGAGGGGCUGGGUGGAGAAGAAGAUGCUGCACCCCUUGGGCACCACCCUGUCGCCACCCCAGAAGGAUCUGGAUCGUUCCGUGACGGCUGAUAGUGACGCCACCGAGGAUGAGGACGAAGAUGAGGACGAGGUGUUCCCACCGCCACAGCCGUUUGACUUCGAUGAUUUACUAGAGUUUGAUGACUUAGAUGGGACACAUGCGCUGAUGUCCCGCAUGGUUCGGAAUGAGAUCCCCUACUUCAUUUGGACCACUCGGCGGGACGUGCUGGACUGUCGCUUCCUCUCCAAGGAUCAAGUGAUAAACCACUAUGCCAAGGCGGGCUCCUUUACCACAAAGGUGGGUCUAUGUCUCAAUCUCCGGAAUUUGCCCUGGUUUGACGAGGCUGAUGCUGACACCUUCUUCCCACGCUGCUACCGCCUGGGGGCGGAGGAUGACAAAAAGGCCUUCAUAGAGGACUUCUGGCUGACAGCUGCCCGCAACGUUCUCAAGCUGGUGGUAAAGUCUGAAUGGAAGUCACACUCUAUCCAGGCAGAAGAGAAAGAGGCCCCAGGAGAUAAGCAGCCCAAGAAACAGGAGAAGAAGCCGGUGAUGGUAUCCCCGGAGUUUGUGGAUGAAGCUCUGUGCGCCUGCCAGGAGCACCUUAGCACCUUGGCCCACCUGGACAUUGACAAGGAGCUGGAGGCCCCGCUGUACCUCAGCCCUGAGGGCUGGUCCCUCUUCCUCCAGCGCUACUACCAAGUGGUCCACGAGGGGGCAGAACUCAGGCACCUCGACACUCAGGUCCAGCGUUGUGCGGACAUCCUGCAGCAGCUGCGGGCUGUGGUGCCCCAGAUGGACAUGGAAGGAGAUCGAAACGUCUGGAUCGUGAAGCCGGGAGCCAAGUCCCGUGGCCGAGGCAUCAUGUGCAUGGACCACCUGGAGGAGAUGCUGAAGCUGGUGGAGGGCAACCCCAUGAUUACGAAGGAUGGCAAAUGGGUGGUACAGAAGUAUAUCGAGCGGCCCCUGCUCAUCUUUGGCACCAAGUUUGACCUGAGACAGUGGUUCCUGGUGACCGACUGGAACCCACUGACUGUGUGGUUCUACCGUGACAGCUACAUCCGCUUCUCCACACAGCCCUUCACCCUGAAGAACCUGGACAACUCUGUGCACCUGUGUAACAACUCCAUCCAGAAGCACCUGGAGAAUUCGUGCCAUCGGCACCCACUGCUGCCCUCAGACAACAUGUGGUCAAGCCAGAAGUUCCAGGCCCACCUGCAGGACACAGGGGCCCCGAACGCUUGGUCCACCAUCAUCGUGCCUGGCAUGAAGGCCGCAGUGAUCCAUGCUCUACAGACCUCCCAGGACGCCGUGCAGUGUCGGAAGGCCAGCUUUGAGCUCUAUGGUGCUGACUUUGUGUUUGGUGAAGACUUCCAGCCCUGGCUGAUCGAGAUCAAUGCCAGCCCCACCAUGGCGCCCUCCACGUCUGUCACCACACGGCUCUGUGCAGGCGUGCAAGCUGACACCCUGCGUGUGAUCAUCGACUGGCGGCUGGACCACAAUUGUGACACGGGAGCCUUCGAGCUCAUCUACAAGCAGCCUGCUGUGGAAGUGCCCCAGUAUGUGGGUAUCCGGCUCCUGGUAGAGGGCUCCACCAUCAAGAAGCCCAUGGCGGUGUGUCAGCGGCGGACAGGGGUCCACCCAGCACUCCGUCACCUGACCCAGGAAGGAUCUGGGGAAGGCAAGGACUUGAGGACCCCUACCCACAGUUCAGUUCCUAGGAAAGUUCCUGAGACCAGGGGCCUGGGGCACACUAAGAAGCCAGACUCCGCUGCCACCACGUCGGCCCCCAGAAAGGGGAAGAAAGCCCCUUACCAUUUUCCCAGCAUCCACACCAAGCGGGUCCUCAGACUGCAGCACAGCAAGCUGGUGGGCGCUAAGGCCCUGUCGACCACAGGCAAGGCCUUGAUGAUUCUACCUACCGCCAAGGUUUUGAUUUCCCUGCCACCUAACUCCGAGCUCAAGCAGGCACCCAACUUCCUGAAACCAAGAAAGGCUGUUGCUCCCCAGCGCCUUGGUGGUUCCCAUCCUGGAAGUGAUUGUGGUCUCUACCCUCUGAAGUUGGAAAUCUUCCUGGCACCCAUUGGAAGAUCAAAGCCAAAGGCAAGUUCAAGGCCAGACUCUGUGACAGACCCAAGGCUGAGGCAUGCCUCAUGAAGACACUGAGCCUUCUGGGACCCCUGCCCCUAAUCGAUGCACACCAGGGGUUGGAGGGAUGGGGGGUGUGAGGCGAGA